AUGGCGCCGGCGCUCCCAAAUACCUUCCCGAGUCUGACGCCCGUCGUCUCAAGGAACAGCUCCAUACUCUUGCACCUCUGCCUGACUCUCCUGUUGGCUGUCGGCAUCAUGGACAAGCGCAACAUCUAUCAAGAGAAACUCUCGGGUGUGGUCUCGAACCACUUGACGAAAACUUGGCACCACUCCAAGUCCCUUAUCCAUGGCCGCCUGAAGAGAAUCCAGGAGUCGCAGGUCCAGCGACGCUGGCUUCGCGUCGUACUUGCAGUUGCGCUCCUGGGCGGGUGUAUUUUCCUUGCCCUCUACAAGCCUCUGCUUUCGGCGCAAUAUCUUCGUCGUAAAUGCCUCGAGAACAAGCCCCACUGCCUCUACGUCUUCAACGAGCUGGGUGUCGCGUUUGAUCCCUCCAGCAUCCAGAGGAACGUGGACGAGUACAGACUCAUACAUCACCCCGAUCGCGAAAUCUACAACACGACCUCGAUUCCCAACGUCAUCCACUUUGUUUUUGGCCUCUUUGAAGACUUUGAUGGAAUCCCCUUCGGCAUCCUGCAGUUUCUGGCCAUCAAGUCGGCGGCGGAAGUGCAUAGCCCUGCUGCGAUCUACUGGCACUAUCUCCACCUUCCUGCAAGCGAUAACCAUUGGUGGGUCCAAUCUCAAAAGUACCUUACCUUGAGACCAAUCGAUGAGACCUAUGUAAUCCAUAGCGAGAGCGCUGCCUCGCGCAAUGAGCUCUUGGAACUGGUCAAAAUCCACAUUCUUAUGAACGAGGGCGGCGCCGUUCUCGAUACGGACAUUAUUUCCAUCAAGCCGUUUGAUCCUGAGUGGAACGCCCAUGGGCGCUUUAUCAUUGGCCAGGAAAUCGAAAAGUCGCAGCAUGGCGACCGAGUCACACUCUGCCCAUCCGUGGUCAUGUCUGCCCCAAACUCUAGCUUCGUCAACCGAUGGAUUAGAAUGUAUGAGGAAAUCUCGAGCAGCAGCAGCACAAAGUACAACGCCGGAGCAGACUUUGACUUUCACCGGAUGUACGACCAACUCUGGAUAGAAGACCCUGAGGAUAUGAAUGUAUUGAAUGCCAAGCGGUUCUCGAACCCAAGCAAGGAUCCCACGAGCUUUGCGGCUGUGUUUUCCGACGACCAAGUCGCAGCGCUCGACUUUGAGCAGACCUAUGUUCUGCAUUCGUUUUCCCAGCGCCACUACGAUCUGUACUUUGUCAACAUGACCAAGCAGACCAUCAUGAACUCAAACAGCGCCUUUUCCAAGUUUACUCGGCCGCUUUUGUACGGGAUUCCAGAUAUUUCGGAAGACCAGAAGGCCGAGGAGCUGGCGUGGUAUCUGCGGCUCAAAGCCAUGGCCCAGGAGCGUCGGGAGCUCAUGAAACAGACCAAUAAGGCGUUCCGGGAUGCCCGCGCUCAGAAGCGGCAUGAGCAGCUCGACCGAAUGAGACGGCUGGCCGACUACAAGCGCAAUUUGGAGCUGCUAGAAAACACCGAGCAAGCCCGCGAAAUCGACCGGAUUACCGAGGAGAAGCAGCGGCUCAACGAAGAGUGGGCGCGACAGCAGAUUGAGAGCGUCAACUCGGAGGUCUUUGAGACAGAGUCGAUGCUGUGGAAGCGGCCCCGCCGCAAGGACAUGCUGAUCAACAAGUGCUUGAUCGGCAUCUGCGUAAUGUAGCGGCCAAGGAUGCCCUCCCCCAGUCACGCCCGGACCGGACAAGCACCUGCUGGCGACGCUGCUGAACGACUUGUCCGCAUUCUGAACCAGCGUCUGCAGCUCCGUGGAUGCUUUCGUCGAGGCCAAUGCCUCACAUGCCGCCCCAGCGGCUUGCACAAAUACAGUGCCAGCAUUUCUGUUCAUCGUCUUCAGGAUGCAACAGGCACAUUCUAAUAUAUCGUAUAUCACGAUCGCCGUCUCCGCCGGUUCCGUUUGGA